AUGACACAAUCAGAGACGUUUCUUGCAAGGCUAUGCGAGCAGGCCGAGCGAUAUGAUGAGAUGGUGACGUUCAUGAAGAUUGGAGGGGAACUCACUGUUGAUGAGCGAAACCUGCUUUCCGUCGCCUAUAAGAACGUUGUCGGAACGCGAAGGGCUUCUUGGCGUAUCAUCUCCUCCAUCGAACAGAAAGAGGAAUCGAAGGGCACGGACAAGCAUGUCGGUACAAUUCGGGAUUACCGACAGAAGAUCGAGACCGAGCUCGAACGCGUGUGCCAAGACGUUCUCGACGUGCUGGAUGAGUCUCUUAUUCCCAAGGCCGAGUCAGGAGAGUCGAAGGUGUUUUACCACAAGAUGAAGGGAGAUUAUCACCGUUACCUCGCUGAGUUCGCGUCUGGUGAGAAACGCAAAGUGGCCGCAACCGCUGCCCACGAGGCAUACAAGAAUGCUACAGAUGUCGCGCAGACUGAGCUUACUCCGACUCAUCCGAUUCGUCUCGGACUUGCUCUCAACUUCUCGGUCUUCUACUAUGAGAUUCUGAACUCGCCAGACCGUGCCUGCCAUCUUGCUAAACAAGCCUUUGAUGACGCGAUCGCAGAACUAGACUCCCUUUCGGAGGAGUCUUACCGUGACAGCACACUCAUCAUGCAGCUGCUCCGUGACAAUCUUACGCUUUGGACGUCUUCAGAUGGAGGGGACAAUGCCGAAGCUGCUCCAGGAAGCGAGGUCCCCAAGGAGGGUGAGAAAGCAGCAGCACCUACCGAGGCCAGACCUGAUGCACCUGCGCCCGCUGCUUCCGAGCAGUCUGCUGAGCCUGCACCUUCGUCUUAG